AUGGGAUUUUUAAAAAAAUGUGUUUCUUUUGUUAUAAAAUGCCUGUCUUGCUUGUCAGCAGGUAAAUUUAGAAGUGGUCUCUACUAUGAUAACCAGACUUAUUACUCAUCUCCAAUAUCAGGCCUAUUUAGUCUCUUAGCAGGAAUAUUCCUCCUAAUCUACAGCAGCAUUAUUCUAAUAGGUACAUUUGAAAGAAGUCAAUACAAUAUUAGCAUUAAACAAGACAUUAUCAGCCUAGAUGAUUAUCCUUAGACUAUAAGCCAACUGAAUGACUAUUUAAACCUUACUCUCAUAAUUCACUAAAAUUUUCCAAAUGAUUAUAGAUUAGAUUGUAAUAAUCCUAAUUUGACUAUUGUGUUCCUCUAUGAAGAUGAUAUGAUCUCAGAAGAAGAUCUUCAAACCAUAAGAUAUCAUAAAGAGUGUGACUUUAUAAGAAAUGAAGAUGUUCGGCUUGGAAUUUUAUUUGUCAAGUUCAAAGUUUAUUCAGAUUUAAAGAUAAAGGGAAAUGCAUACUAUUCGGUAAAGAUUUUUAUUCACAAUAAAGAGGACUACAUUUUGAAAAACAUUUACUUUUAUUAUCAUACAGACAUGUACCUAUAUACCGGUGAUUAACUUAAAAUAACACGAGUAAAUUCUACUAUUUACCCAGGUUUUGAUAACGAAAUUUAUAACCAAUUCUUUCUAGUUAAAAAAACUAACUAAAUUGCUAAGCUGUGGUAUUAAGAUUACGAGUUUGAAUCACAAGUAUAUCCACAAUGUGAUGGUUCAACAUAAAAACUACUUCCUUUUUAUGAAAAUUCAGACUUGAAACUGUAAGUCUAUUAACUGCUAGCUCGUAUCUACUAUGUGGACGAGGGAGUAGUUAUAACAAAGAUUCCAAGGACCCUAUUUGAAAGCCUAUCGCAGAUAGGAGGUAUGCUAGUAUUUUUCAAAGUAGUUAGUCUAAUUUAGGAAAAGUUGAACUAACACCUUUUUGAAAAGAAAUUAUAGCGCAGAUUUGAAACAUUCGAGCUAUCACUAUUGUCUGAAUAGAAUGAAAUAAAAAAUAAAAGGUAUAAUAUGAAGGAAAUUAAAUAAAAAUUCAGCUAUGAUUAGCAUUUCUAGGAUCAUUUAGAGAUAUAGGAAUUGAAAAAGUAAGUUUAAAAGCUAUUGGAGGAAAAAUAGAGGGAUUUAGUUUAGAUUAACCGUAGUUAGAUUAAUUUUAAUAACUCUAGAGGUAAUGAUUAUCAUAGUGAGAGCGAAGAUGAUGAUUCUAUUAGUCUCAGUGGGUCUAGAUAAUGA